UCCAUUUCCAUUCCGUUUACUUUCAAUCAUUGUGGAUGGCGUGCUGACGUGCUGGCUUAGCCUAGUUGUAUUUAACCGCGUGUUGUGUGCCGAUGCUUUUCAGUAGCUGAGAGUGAUCCCGGAACAUAGAUUCUGAUAUUAAGCACUAAGAAUGGAUUACCUAAAGACAAAAUGGGCAAUUUGGUUCAAAUCGCUGGAUGCUGAUAAGGAUAACAAAAUAACACCUGAAGACAUGCAGAUUUCUGCCAAAAAGUUCGAGGAAAUUCGGAAACUAAUAGGAGAUAAGGGGUCCGUAGACGGAGCGGAGUUCGACAACACAAAAUGGUGGAACGACUACAUCUUCCGUAAGGGUCCCGGGGUGUCGAUGACGAAAGACGAAUUCGUGGAAUCCCUCGCAGAGGCCUACCAAAAAGACAAAGCGGCUUUCCGCCAAGAAAUGGAGCGAUGUUUCGGCGACAUCGCCAAAUUCGUCACGGAGAAUAUGGACCGUCCUAUACAGGAGCAGGAAUUCGCCUUUGGGUUCAAGGUGUUCGGUCAGGAGGAUGCCGGACAGGUAGCGAAGGCCUUCCAGCUGUUCACGGCCGCUUACGGGCAGCCCACGGUACAGCAGAUAGUGGACGCUUGGGUCCAGUUCAUUACAGACGAUGAUCAAAGCAAACAGGAUAUGAUUAAGGAGGCUUUUGGAAACUGAAACCAAUCACGUGACAGUGUUCUAAGAAAAAAAAAUACUUAUAUAUUUGUGGAUGUACCAUUGCCUGUUGUCUUUUAUAAUGUUAUUUUUUUCCAUUUAAUUCAUAUUUUUUCAUUUAACAAAAAAUGUACCUCUUUGUGUAAUUAAAUUUAUUUUAAAAAACA